CACAUCCCCACUACAUGGAUGAGCGACGAUGACCGACAUUACGGGGGACUUCAACAUCUGCUUGAAGCAAAAAGGCGCUGAGCCGGUUCUGCCCAAGCAGUAUGAUCUCCAGUCCAUCAACGCUUUCCUGCAGGAAGCGUAUAGCAUAUAUGCGCGCAUAGCAGACCUGAACCGAGAGCUGCGUGCUAUCCGCCCAGCCUAUCUCUCAACAGCACAGCAGUCUCGACGACGGCACGUGAGCGACAGCGCCCGACCCUUGACAGACGACGAACGCGAGGCUAUCGAUGCCCAGUCGAAGCAAUUGUUGCGACAACUCAAUGCCAAAAUAACCGGACUCAAACAGGCCGAGGAUGUGCGAAACCAGACAUUGGACUCUGUCGCCCUGCGCAAGCGUGCCCAAGGCGGCUUGAUGGGGCUCGGGCGGUGGGCAGCAGGCGGAGCGCAAACUGCAAAGUCGCCCGAAGAAGAGCUUGAGGAGGCUGCCAGAAAGACCAUCUUCGCUGUCAGAGAGAGCAUCAUUCUGUACUUGCAGCAGAAGCUGGAAGAAGCUGGACGGGUGCAGAGUGAAAUGAUGGAUAUACGUUUGACCAGAGAAGUGGAGAAGACAAAAUCUAUAUUGGCCAAGUCAGCGAUGGGCGGUGCCACAUCUCACCUCGCAGGCGAAUCUUUGGCGUCUUCUCAAUCAGGCCCUUCGAAACGGCAGCGCUUCUCUGUUGAGCUGGAAAGCGGAACAUCUGACACGAUGGCGCGCGAAGAGCUGAGCGAAGAACAGCUCCAGCUCUUUGCAGAAGAGAACAAUGAGCUUCUCAAGCACUACGAAGACCAGCUGGACCAGGUACGCACCGCGGAGAAGAGUAUCCUGGAGAUCAGCGAGCUGCACAAUACUUUGCACGCCAACCUUCAACAACAGAGCGAGCAUAUCGAACAGCUCGUACAAGAUUCGUACCUGACCACCGAGAAUCUGGGCAGAGGUAACAAGGAGCUCCAGCGAGCAAGCGAACGACGGAGCACUGCUCAGAUGCUAUUCUGGUCGACCUGUGCCUUCUGCAGCUUUCUGGUGGCUUGGGACUUUUUUAUUUGAGAGCUACAUCUUUCGAGCACCGUCUAUCACUCGAAUCUAUGCCAAUUAUUCUGCAACAUACUCCAGACAACCGGACAGCAGCCCUACUCUUGACGAAAGGACUCGAAAAGAAGAGAACGCAUCCUGGGCUCAACACUCUUCUGAAUAUGCGGACCUUUGAGGACGAUCCGAAUGCUGCAGCUCUGGGAAGAAUUCUUCGAGUCCUCCCCAGUCGGCUGCGCUCAAGUCUAUGCGCUGAUCUGUCCUGCUCUCGUGCGACCCAGCUUCGUUAUUGGAAGAUGUCCUGCCCUGCUCCGCACCCAUCGAUAGCGAUGCACUAGAUCGGCGUGAAGUCUGGUGACCCGCGCUGAGAGUGCUGUGCAGCUCAGACGCAUCCUCUCUCAAGGAUGUCCAAAGGAGUCUUCGGUGUGCCGAUCGUUGUCUAGCAGCAUUGGAAGAAUUCGGGGUAUUGCUUCCAAUCUCAGUCUCCGCAGCACCGAGCGACCUCUGCGGCAACAGCAUCUCCGUGGUCGUUCGCAACCGCUCAAGCAGCGCUUGAAUCUUUCGCAGUAAUUCGCAUUCAGAGCGCGCACCUCUUUCGACUGCAUCUGCGGCUCCAGAAGCUGCGGGCGUCUGAUCUAAACUCAUUAGCUGCAUGCUCUCAACCACAAUGCGAGCUCUCAGCACUUGCCUACGAAGCGGUACUCUGUUGUAACUCUGCCAGGCUUCUCCUCGUAUAUGCACUGCAGCUAUGUUAGAAAAUCACGCCCUCACCAAAACAGGGAUUCAAAACGGGACCGAGCUUACCAGGGAGCUCGUUUCUCUGCACCUCGCGCAGACUGGUCGUCCUCGAUCACAUUUCAGCUUUCGACGUCUGCAUGGUGUCAGUAAUUGGUGGCAGCAACCGAAAACCAUUAAUGCUGACCUGCAACUCCGACAUGUGGUAACGCUACGAUCACUGUACCGGGACAUGAGAAGCAAGAAUUGAAUUCGCUUGAAAAUGUUACAACUUAGCGCAACGAGAUGCCAUCAUCCGACUACGUCUGUCAUGAUAUAAACCCAUGACUACGGCAUCGGUCGAAGCAACAUGAAGCGUCUAGACAAACCACCGACACAACUAUUCUCGAAGAAGUAGCUAGAGACGGCUGAUUGUUAUGAAAGCCAGUCGCAUCGUGCUUUGAGGUGAAUAAUCUGGCUCACCCGUGCCGCAUAGCCAAUUCCUAAACCGCCGCUCCGUGAUGUGGCUGUUACACGAG